CCAGGCGGCACCUAAGGGGCGUCGGCAUGGGGAAGAGUGUUUGUGUAACACUGCCGGCUGCGCGUAGGGGGUGGGAUGGAGGCGGGUGUCAGUGCAGGGGCUCUCGGGAGGGACGGAUAUAGCUGUGACACUGCCGCGACGCUUUGAGGGACUGUGUUGGUGUGGUACCGGUGCACGCUUAAAGGAGCAGGCGGAACCAGAUGGCCAUGGGCAUGUGGGCAUCUCUGGACCCACUGUGGGAGAUCCCAACCGAGAAGCGUAUCUUUGGGGCCGUGCUCCUCUUCUCCUGGACGGUGUAUCUCUGGGAGACCUUCCUAGCACAGCGUCAGAGACGAAUAUAUAAAACAACAACUCAUGUACCACUGGAGUUAGGACAGAUCAUGGAUUCAGAAACGUUUGAGAAGUCUCGACUCUAUCAGCUGGAUAAAAGUACCUUCAGCUUCUGGUCAGGACUCUACUCAGAGAUUGAAGGCACUCUUAUUCUUCUCUUUGGAGGAAUCCCUUAUCUCUGGAGACUUUCUGGACGGUUCUGCAGCAGUGCUGGCUUUGGACCAGAAUAUGAGAUCACUCAGUCCUUGGUGUUUCUGCUGAUGGCUACACUCUUCAGUGCGUUGACUGGUUUGCCGUGGAGUCUUUAUAAUACUUUUGUGAUAGAAGAAAAACAUGGUUUCAAUCAGCAGACUUUGGGAUUCUUCAUAAAAGAUGCAAUCAAAAAAUUUAUUGUAACUCAGUGCAUUUUAUUGCCUGUGUCUUCACUUCUGCUUUACAUUAUUAAAAUUGGGGGUGACUAUUUUUUUAUUUAUGCCUGGCUGUUCACAUUAGUUGUUUCUCUGGUGCUUGUCACAAUCUAUGCUGAUUAUAUUGCCCCUUUAUUUGACAAAUUCACACCUCUACCUGAGGGAAAGCUUAAAGAAGAAAUUGAAGUAAUGGCAAAGAGUAUUGACUUUCCUUUGACUAAGGUGUAUGUUGUUGAAGGAUCUAAACGCUCUUCCCACAGCAAUGCUUAUUUUUAUGGCUUCUUCAAGAACAAGCGAAUAGUUUUGUUUGACACUCUACUAGAAGAGUAUUCUGUCCUAAACAAAGACAUCCAGGAGGAGUCUGGCAUGGAGCCCCGCAAUGAUGGAGAAGGGGACAGUGAAGAAGUAAAAGCUAAAGUUAAAAAUAAGAAACAAGGAUGUAAAAACGAGGAAGUACUUGCUGUGCUAGGCCAUGAACUGGGGCAUUGGAAGUUGGGACACACAGUCAAAAACAUCAUUAUUAGCCAGAUGAAUUCUUUCCUGUGUUUCUUCUUGUUUGCUGUGUUGAUUGGUCGAAAGGAGCUUUUUGCUGCAUUUGGAUUUUUUGACAGCCAACCCACGCUCAUUGGACUGUUGAUCAUCUUCCAGUUUAUUUUUUCACCUUACAACGAGGUUCUUUCUUUUUGCCUAACAGUCCUAAGCCGCAGAUUUGAGUUUCAAGCGGAUGCAUUUGCCAAGAAACUUGGGAAGGCUAAAGACUUAUAUUCUGCUUUAAUCAAACUGAACAAGGAUAACUUGGGAUUCCCUGUGUCUGACUGGCUGUUCUCAAUGUGGCAUUAUUCUCAUCCUCCACUACUAGAGAGACUUCAGGCUUUGAAAAAUUCCAAACAAGACUGAGUUGCCCAGGAUCUCCAACUGAAGACAUUUCUGAUUAUUUCUGUCCUGACAGCAUGUUCCAGCUCUUGAUUUUUUUAAACUUUUUUUAAAGAAAAUUAUUAAGUACAGUAAAGCCCAGAUGACAAUACAUUUACUAUCUCAUUUCAAAAAUUAUUUUAAUAAUCCAUGUCUUGGCUGGUGUGGCUCAGUGGAUUGAGUGCCAGCCCGUGAACCAAAAGGUCUCGGGUUAGAUUCCCAGUCAGGGCACAUGCCUGGGUUGUGGGCCAGGUCCCCAGUUGGGGGUGUGCGAGAGGCAACCAAUCAACGUAUCUCUCACACAUUGAAAUUCCUCUCCCGCUUUUUCUCUCUCCCUUCCUCUCUCUCUAAAUAAAUAGAAAAAUAAUAAUAAAAAUUAAAAAUAAUCCAUUUCUUAAUGAAAACACUGGAUGAAAUUUUAAGGCUUAUACUUUUAUCUUUAACAGUGAAUUUACCAUCAGCUUAUCAAAUUAUUUGAGCAAAUACAGAACUUGUUUGUUCACACCUUUAUACGGAAUCGGCAUGUAAUGUGUUUGGGGGGGGCGCCCCCCCCCCCCUCCAAGUCCUGUCCAGGGCAGAAGCAGUGGUUCCAAACCAUUGUGUUCCUGUAAGUUGAGGUUUGAUUUUACUUUCACACUGUUAUGAUUUAAUCUGGCUUAUCAGUGUUUUAAAUAAGGAAGAAAGACAAUAAUUGGGAAGGCCGAUGUUACUUAAAUGAAAGCAGUUAGAAAUAUGCCCUACUGUUCUGCCAAAUUUCUCCGCUCCCUCUCUUGCUACACGCUGAUCGGGAGUUUCCAACAGUGCUUUGUAAGUAGAAAUUAUGUAUGGAGUGAGUGUUUUAAAUCAUUGGGUUCGAGUUUUAUUUUUGAAAGAACCUCAGUCUUUAUCUUUCCUUCCUCCUGGUGGAUAUGAUCCCACUAGAGGUUAACUAGUAUUUUGCAAAGCAUUCAACCUUUUCCUCAUUUCUGCUCUUUUACUCGGUAGAUGGUGGUGUAUCCGUUCACUUAGCGGAAAUUACCAUACUGAACAGGUUUUGCUAUUUUUAAAGGGAUGAAAUGUGGAAAGCAGAAGAAAUGCUAUUUUAAGAGACAUAAAGGUGAAGAUGCUGAUGAUUCUCUUAUAAGAAAAAAUAUAGUUUUCUAUCUCUUUCAAGGACAGAAGAAUUGUGGUUUUUAUUUUUGUAAUUUUUAUUAAUUAAUAAGUUGUAAGCACUAUUUAAUUGGGCCUGGUUCCAGUUUUAAAAAUUAAACUUCUUGAUAUGCAGAUAACUUUUCUUUUUAAAAUGAAUGUCAUGAAAGAUUUCUUUUCCAGUUUCCAAAGCUGUGUGUGCGACUGCUUCAGAUCUCUGUCCACUUCCUGUGUGAGAACUCCUUUGUGCCUAAGCUCCCUCCCGCAGUUCAUGCUUACUACCUUCUGGGCAUUUAGUCCAAAGUGGAUCAGCUGUGCGCCCCCGGUAUCUGGACAGAAAGUCUUUGCUCAGCUCAUAGCUGGGUGGUGUCUUCACAUGGAAAUACAAUAAAAAUAAAGAUCUAGUUUUGUACUGCAUUAUUUAUUUGCCUAAGGCUAAAAGGGGAGCAGUCCUCUGAUUUUUAUCCAGCAUCCUUUAUUGCGAAUCCAUGCUGUGUUAACUGCCUUUCCUUCCUUCUGUGCCUUUAAAUAAAAAUUUCAGUUCUGCACAAGUGAAACAUUAAAACUGUCAAUGCAGA